AUGGCAAGACGGAGGACGGCCGAGGCUGCGUGCGGCCGCGCGGUGCGGCUGUGCUGUCUCGAGACGACCGGUCGCGCGGAGGGGGAGGCGGAGGAGGGGGAGGUCGAGGGGGAGGGUGAGAUGAGCGCGGGAAUGGGGGCAGGGGAGGUCGAUGAUAGGGGUUGGCUGACGGCGGAGGAGAAUCGGCGGGAGGCAGAGGCAGUGCGCGCUGCAGUGGAGUAUAGAGACGCCGAGGAGUUUCUUAUAACGGGUAUAAAGGAAUCCGCAAAUCCAAACUACCUCGUGUCGCACCAGUCGUACCCCUCCCCCUUCAUCUACAUCCGCCCUGUCUGCUCGCGCCCCAACGAGGGCGAGCGCUUCCUCCGCGCGCGCAAUUUGCUCGUGGGCAAGGCGGACCCGCUGAAGUGCGUGCGCGUGCACAUGGCGCGCACCGAGGGGCGCGAGUACGUGCCUGUGAGGAUGAGGGAUGGCGGAGAGGGGAGCGGGGGGGAGGAGGAUGAGGAAGUGUGA